GAGUUACAAAAGUUAUAUAAAACCCCAAUUGAAUAUCUUUGGACUCAGCCGCCUCAGGUAACCUUCUCUUUUUUUCAAAGUGCUCUCUUUUCUCUUACCUCCUUCCAUUUCAGAUCUGCCUCAGGAGUUCAUUUCUAAUGGGACGUGGUGUCAGCAGUGGAGGUGGACAGAGUUCAUUGGGUUAUCUGUUUGGAAAUGGAGAGGCUCAUAAGGCUGCUGCUGCUAAAGCUCCAGCCAAUGUUAGCGCAGAACCGGUUGUGAAAGAAGCACCAAAGCCUGUUGCUGCUGCUUCUAACUCCCAGCCUACCAAUGUCAAGAAGGUUCCUGCUGGAGUUAAUAGUAACAUAAAUAAUUACCACCGUGCUGAUGGACAGAAUACUGGCAAUUUCAUCACGGACCGACCUUCAACCAAGGUUCAUAAUGCCCCAGGUGGUGGAUCUUCUUUAGGUUAUCUAUUUGGUGGACCUGGUGAUAGUAAACAGUAACUAUAAUGACCGCCAAUUCAAAUAUAGAUAUCCAAGUGUUGAGUUCUUUCUUCAAAGGAUGUUGCUAUUCUCUUCUGCUGUGUUGAUGCUAAAAUUAAAUGUGGAUUAUAUGUAAUGUAAGCUGGAGAUUGCUGGUUUUCUGAGAAUUUCAAUUGAAAACUAAAUCUGUUAAUGCUUUAAAAGAAGGAAUUACUGUUCCUACUCUUCAUUGUAGCCAAGAAUCAAAGGUUUUUACAUUGCCAACUCUUGUGACUUGUGUGAGCC